CGAUAUUAUCCAGCAACAAGUCGCAACUUGAACCUCGUAGACAGCAAACUGGAAAGUGAGACAAUAUAUCACCUCUUUCCACCACGAGAUUGCAGGCCAUCAUCAUGGAGAGCCGCGAUCGCCGCUUGACUUCACAAAUUCCCCUGGACGCUGAAGUGCUUCACGAACUCAGCCCUGCUUUACUAAAUAUCUCCUCCCUGUCCUCGAAUGGGCUCGAGCCCUCCACGACAAGGAGUCUUUCGGCAACUAUCCAGCGGCUUAACCAAGCAAUAGUCCAGAGCGAUGUUGUCUGGCAGCUUGGCUCUACAGUUAUACUCGGUCUCAGCUCAAAGAUAGUCAUGAAAUCUGGCUUUGGCCUCGACAUCGAGCACAUCUCGACCAUGAACUAUAUCAAGGACCGAGUUCCCCAACUUCGCGCACCAGAUAUACAUGGGGUGCUUCAGGCUGGGCAGCGUUGUUUUGUGUUUAUGACCCGGUUUGAAGGUGAACCUCUUGAUCGAGUCUGGAAGUUGCUGAACAGGUCUCAGAAAGACUCUAUCAAGGAGCAGCUAGAGUCUAUGUUUUUUGGCAUCAGAUCAAUACCAGCACCUCCUUCUUCAUCGGCAGACGCCAUUCUUGGUGGCGGCGCCCCGAGAAGAUGCAAAGAUGCAAGGAGGGAGAUACGGGUUGCAGAGCACUCCAUCGCCAAUGAGGCUGAGUUCAAUCAAUUUCUUACCACAGACCCAAGGCGUACGGAAACAGGGUGGGUGAAAAUGAUUCGUUCAUUUCUCCUCUCUGACCAUAAAAUGGUUAUGACCCACGGUGACCUUCACCCUCGGAAUAUCAUGAUUUCUAUGAAGCACAAGGCGCCCCUGUCGAAGCCGGUUACGGAUUGGGUUAAAGUUACUGGCGUGAUUGAUUGGGAAAUGUGUGGCUACUAUCCUAGUUACUGGGAGUAUGUGAAAGCUCUACAUACUGUUGGGCCUAAAACUGCUACCGUGUUUUGUGCUUUUUCCUUCGGCCCGGAUAUUGAAGUGAUGCUGAGGGAAGAGAAGCUUAGGGGGUGGAAAAUCCAGCGUGUAUCUCAGUUUUAUGCCAUAGAACAUGUGUCCCUUUUCAGAUACCCUAAUAGUAUCAUGUACAAAGUUGAUGAUAAUAGUUAA